AUGAAACGAAUCCAUAUUACUUCUUUACUUUUUAUCUUCUUUCUCUCUAACAAUUCAACAGAUUUUAUAUUUCUUCUUUGCUUUUUUACUUCUUCUUUCUGUCCAACUUAUCGAACGAAUUCAUAUAUUUUCUUUACUUUUUAUCUUCUUUCUGUCCUACAAAUGGACAGAUUUUAUAUUUCUUCUUUGCUUUUUAACUUCUUCAUUCUGUCCAACUUAUCGAACAGAUUCAUAUCUCUUCUUUACUUUUCAUCUUCUUUAUGUCCAAGAAAUCGACCGAAUGCAUUUCUUCUUUGCUUUCUAAAUUCUUCUUUCUUGAAAGGAAUUCAUAUUUCUUCUUUGCUUCUUAAUUUACAUCUCCUGUUUUUCUGUCUUUCUUUUUCAAUUCUUUUUUCUUGGCGUCUUCUUUCUUUUUCUUUUUUUUUAGAAAAUUUCAUUAAGAUUACCUUUUUUCCAUUACGUCCAUUCAACGACCAGCAUUGUCCGAGCAACCGAUCUUCAUCCUCACCUUUUCUCUUAGUUUAUCUCUCUCUGUCUCUUUGCCUUUCUUUUUCCCUUUUUAAUUUUUCUUUGACCUCUGUCUAUCUUUCUUUCUGUCUUUCUUUCUUUCUAUCUUUCUUUCUUUCUUUCUUUCUCUCUUUCUUUCUUUCUUGUUUCUCUUUCUUUCUUUCUUUCUUUCUCUCUUUCUGUCUUUCUUUCUUUCUGUCUUUCUUUCUUUCUUUCUCUCUUUCUUUCUUUCUUUCUUUCUUUCUGUCUUUCUUUCUUUCUUUCUUUCUUAUUAUUUUGAAUUCUUUCAUUCUUCUUCGUAAAAUUUCCCUUGUCGUUCAUUUUUUUUUCUGA